GUGGGAUCAAGGUCUUCAGCCUUAGCAGGGGGAGCCUCUGCCGGGACCCCUUCGUUCCCGAGACCCUCAGUCAGCGUCUCCUCCCAAGAGGGUCCCCUCCACCCAGAAUGUCCUCCCCUGGGGGAGACCACUCUGUCUGCGGGCCCCCUCCCACAGGAGGGCCCCUCUUCCUCAAGGUGAACCUCUGUCCCCGAUACCCGCUCCCAAGACCGAGACCUUGUUACGGCCCCACCCUCCACAGGCCCCUUACCCCCCGGAUCCCCUCCCCUGGGGGAGACCCCUCUGUCCGCGGGCACCCUCCUAUAGGACGCGCCCCUCUUUCUCAGGGUGAACCUCUGGUUCCCGAUACCCGCUCCCAAGACCGAGACCCUGUUACGGCCACAUCAACACAGGUCCCCCUCCCCCCGGCGUCCCCUCCCCUCGGAGGAGCCCCGUCUGCGACGCUUCCCAGUCAAUCACCCCCAGCAUCCCUCCCCGCUCUCACCCAGAACUUCCGCCGCGCCCCCUCCCCUCAGGCGGGACUUCCGCCGGCGCCCCCUCCCCCGCGGCGCCGUCUCCUCCUCCCGCCUGAGGCGAGUCUGGGCUCAGCCUAGAGCUCUCCCGCCGCGGCGCAGCUUCAGGGCAGCGCGGGCUGCAGCGGCGGCGGCGGUUAGGGCUGUGUAGGGCAAGGCCUCCCCCUUCCUCCUCCCAUCCUACUCCUCCCUCCUCGCCAUCCUCCCCCUUCGUCCUCCUCGCCUUCCUCCUCCUCGUCAGGCUCGGCCCAGCUGUGAGCGGCAAGAUGGCGGCGCCCAGGCCGCCGCCUGCCAGGCUGUCGGGCGUCAUGGUGCCGGCGCCCAUCCAAGACUUGGAGGCCCUGCGCGCGCUCACGGCGCUCUUCAAAGAGCAGCGGAACCGAGAAACAGCACCCAGGACUAUCUUCCAAAGAGUUCUGGAUAUCCUAAAGAAAUCUUCUCAUGCUGUUGAGCUUGCCUGCAGAGAUCCAUCCCAAGUGGAAAACCUGGCUUCCAGUCUGCAGUUAAUAACAGAAUGCUUCAGGUGUCUUCGCAAUGCUUGCAUAGAGUGUUCUGUGAACCAGAAUUCAAUCAGGAACUUGGAUACGAUUGGUGUUGCUGUUGAUUUGAUUCUUCUGUUUCGUGAACUGCGAGUGGAACAGGAAUCUCUGUUGACAGCUUUUCGCUGUGGCCUGCAGUUUUUAGGCAACAUUGCCUCACGGAAUGAAGAUUCCCAGUCUAUUGUUUGGGUGCAUGCUUUCCCAGAACUGUUUUUGUCUUGCUUAAAUCAUCCGGACAAAAAAAUUGUUGCCUACUCUUCAAUGAUUUUGUUUACAUCCCUUAAUCAUGAAAGAAUGAAAGAACUGGAGGAAAACCUCAAUAUUGCAAUUGAUGUCAUAGAUGCUUACCAAAAACAUCCUGAAUCAGAAUGGCCGUUCUUGAUUAUUACAGACCUCUUUCUGAAAAGCCCGGAAUUGGUACAAGCCAUGUUUCCCAAACUGAACAAUCAAGAAAGAGUUACACUGUUAGACCUUAUGAUAGCCAAGAUAACGAGUGAUGAGCCACUCACCAAGGAUGACAUCCCUGUGUUUUUGCGGCAUGCUGAGUUGAUUGCAAGCACCUUUGUGGAUCAGUGCAAGACUGUGCUCAAGCUGGCCUCUGAGGAGCCUCCUGAUGAUGAGGAGGCACUGGCUACAAUUAGGCUUCUCGACGUCCUGUGCGAAAUGACUGCGAAUACCGAGCUGCUCGGCUAUCUGCAGGUUUUCCCUGGCUUGCUGGAAAGAGUGAUUGAUCUUUUACGGGUGAUUCAUGUAGCUGGAAAAGAAACCACAAACAUCUUCAGUAAUUGUGGUUGCGUGAGAGCAGAAGGUGACAUCUCCAAUGUGGCUGAUGGGUUUAAGUCUCAUCUCAUUCGUCUGAUUGGAAAUCUGUGUUACAAGAAUAAAGAUAACCAAGACAAGGUUCAUAUAAUAUAUAAAAUGCAUUUCUGUUCCAAGAAAAAUACAAGUGGUAAACAGUUGGGAGAGAGCUUGCAUAUUUUCCUUUAUUGUCCUGUCUGAAGAUUAAUGCAUUCAGCUAUGUUCAGCCUCACGUUUAACCA